GCGACAGCCUCCUACCACUCCUCCUAAAGGAUGCCUUAACAGGAAAUAACAGGACAUGGCUCAUCUACUGCAUUAACCCUCAAAGUCUUCUAGAUGAUGAGACACCGUCUGCUUUGGAUUUGGCCAAGAAGGUGGGAAAUUUGGUAACUAGAGCCGCCACUAGUUGCUGGAAUCCAAGGGCAUCUGAGCAGGAGAUUCGUGAAAGCAUCCUGGAACUACAAAACAUGAUAAUGUCACAUGGAGAAAGUGAAGUUCACAACAUUUACAAGCUGGCCGAGCUGACUCGAAACUUGCAGAUUGUGAAAAAUCAGUCAUGGGAGAAGAGGAAGGAAGAGUCAGAGAAGAUGAAAGAAAAACUAAAGAGUGGUAAAUCCUCAACAGGCAAUCAGCAGUUUUCUUGGGGUCAUCAUGCUGACCGCAGAGAGAGUUCAGAGACAAUGAAACAGCUACAGGACCAGUUAAAACAGGAAAUGGAAGAACAUAUUAGAGGUAAUAUGUUAAGUUCAAAGGUGGAAUUUUGUCCAGCGGGCCAGCCAUGAUGAAUGUAUUCUGUGUGUGUCUGAUAAUUACAGAAGGUAAAGGAAGUGCAGAGAAAGUCCAGGAGAGGGUAGUGAGGAUCCAGCAGCUGAAAGACGCCCUCAGAGAAGAGACGCUGAAGAGUGGGGCUGUCACAGGGAAAUCUCAGCUCUUUCAACAAUCUCAGUCAGAAUACAACGAAGCAGAGGAGCGGAGGAGGCAACUUAAGGAGGAUCAUGGGAGAUUAAUUCAGGAGGAGGUGGCGAAGAUGGAGAGAGACUUGGCACAGGAGCAGCUACCGACAGACGGUCCUCAGAAAGAGCUGCUGGUGCUGAGCAGAGAGAGGCAGGUCCUGGUGAUGCAGAUAGAAGCGCUGCGUGCUGAAGCCCAGCAGGCUGAGAGAGACCUACAAGACCAACAUCACAGGCACCAGACAGAGCUGCACUGUUUGAGGGAAGAGAGCCUACAGGUUUUCAGAGUGUUUCGUCAGGUAAGUGAGGAGCAGAGGAAGAUUUCAGAGGCAAGAUACAGAAGUGUGUUGCUGGAAGCUGUGCAGGAUGCCAUCUACUUGUCAGCCCAGAACCAGCAACUGCAAGCUGACAACAAAAAACUAAGUAAAGCUCUGAGAGAGAUAAAGGAUUCUCUAGCUGUGCGAGGCGAUCCUAUGGCUGAGCUGAUAUCCCAGCAGCAUUGAUUGAAACACGUCAUUGAAUCUGUGUGAUUGCUAUAAAUCAAGAC